UUUGGAUAUUCAAUUUUGGUUAAGAUCACAAAUCUGGAUUUUUUUCCUUUAAAACUUGAAUUAAAAUCCAUUCAGGCUUUUUCAUUUCCCACCAAACUCACCUCCUUCAAACACUUCAAUCUGACAACGCCACCCAGCACACAUACCCCCGCUAAAACCCUAAACCAAUGGCCGUUACAGGCACCGCCCUCCCAGGGCGUCCACAAAUCCAGAGACUCCCACAACCCCAUUACAUCGACGCCGUCCGGUGGCUCCCACAGCUCUCCGCCUUCGACCGCUUCGCCGUCCUCGCUCUCUCCUCCCCCUCCCCCACACUCGAAAUUCACUCCCUCGACCCCCAAACCCUAACCCUAGCCCCACAGUCCACCUGGGCCCCACCCUCCCGGGUUUCCUCGCUCCGAACCUCCCGGACCCAGACCCACCAGCCCCUCAUCACAGCCGGCACCGUCUCCGGCUCGCUCCACCUCCUCUUCGCCAACGCCGUCGACGCCUCGAUGUCGGAGCUCUCUGUGCCGGAGAAGGAGCUCCAUGCCGGGCCAGUUUCGGGCGUGGACGUGAUGGACGGCGCCGCCGAGUGCGUUAGCGUUGGAGAGGACGGCCGGGUCAAUCUGGUGAGCGUUUCGGGCUCCCGGUUGGGUGUCCGGCGGGUUUUUGAUAGCGAAGGGUUGGUUUCAUAUACGGCUGCUAAAUGGGCGUCGCCGGCUGAGUUUGUCACUGGUGGGUAUGGUUUUAGCCUUCAGUGGUGGGAUCAGCGGAGGCCCGGCGGGGCGGUUUCUCAGUUCAAGGCCAACUGGGCUCAAGGAACAACUUCUGGGAUUGUACACUCCAUUGACAUCCAUCCAUCAAGAAAACACACUUGUCUGGCAGGAGGUUCCUUAGGUACUGUAUUUGCCUGGGAUAUUAGAUGGCAACAACAGCCAAUUAUUCUUUCUGGUAUUGGGACAGGUGAGGCUGCAACUCGUUUAGCAUGUGAAAGUGAGGUUUGGGAAGUUCAGUAUGACCGCUACACUAAGUCUACAAACGUUGGCAACAUCUCAUCCUCACGGAUAUUACCUGCUAUGAUCUGCUCAGAAGAUGGAAUCCUUGCUGUUGUUGAACAAGAUGAAGAACCAAUUGAGCUGUUGGCAGAACCUUGUGCAAUCAACAGCUUCGACAUUGACCGGGAAAACCCUUCGGACGUGAUAUGUAGUUUGGAGUGGGAAUCUAUAUUCAUCUUAACAAGGCCAUAAUAUCCAGAAUCGGACAUGAAGGUUGCAUAUUUAAGAUUCCACUCUGCCUCUCUUUCUGAGAGCUCAGCUCUUAUUCAAGGAAUGAAGCCUGCCCAGUUAUUACGCGCUGAAUUAGUGGAUUGAUGCCUAUAAAGGAUGUAGGGAACACUGUCCUGUUUCUUCUUCUAUGCAUUAAGCAUAUGUGUGAGUGGAUUGUAAUGGUUUGUAGUUAACUACCUUUUCAGUAUAAACAGUGUAGAGAGUUUUCUCGUCAGGCAUUUGUGGAGGAACAUUGGUAGGAGAAAAAGCAGGUUGACAAUUUAAAUCCAUUUACUUGGGCAAGCUAUUUUCAUGAUGCUGCCCUUAAAUGAGAGAUGCUACAUCAAUUGUAU